CGGACCUAGAAUAAUAAAAAAACUCCAUGGUUCACGUUUGCUUUUGCGUUUCGCAUUAAUUCGUUUAAUUAAGAUGAUUAAGAUGAAUUUGGUGCACUAUUUACAUCAACAUUAGACCUGUACAUCAUCUAGCAAUAAAGAUAUUCUAUUUAAUAAAGUAAACGGUGUAGUAUUAAAAACAGCAAGCAAACCACCUAUAUAUACUCGGAUCUCUUCAAACUACAAUGUCUAAGCUCAAGGGACCGAAUAACCUCUUUAUAGUCUUGGACAAGACACAAAAUACGUGCUCAGAGCAGUACUUGUUGUGUUGCCGCGCCUGCUUGUCCACCGACGGCCGAUUGUACAAUAUUCAUGAUUAUAAACUUGUUAACGCUUUCUCUGCCAUCACUGGAGCUCCUGUUUUCAAGGACAAGCUUCCUCAAUAUCUAUGCUCGCACUGCUGCACUUUACUGAUGAAAUGUGUCUCGUUCAGGAAGAUGUGUAUCCAAACACAACAACGGCUUAUGCCUGAGUUGCUGAGAGGACAGUUAAACACAAAUUACAUUCGCAGUAUAAAUCAGCCUUCUCUACAAUUCAUCAAUUUGACCACAACUGAAGUUGAAACUAUUGAAUACAUCCCUAAAGACACAGAUAUUACGGCUGCACCAGAAAAUGAUAUUAAAACAAUGGAAACCCUAACACAAGGCAUAAACUUAGACACAUCAUUAGCAGUAAACAUAAAACAUGAACCUAACAUAGAUAUAGUUGACAUAAAUAAUAUUUUAAACAAUACUGAUGAAAUGAAACAAUUUGAUAUUGAAAUAGAUGAAGAAAGUAACCAUAAUGUAAAAGAUGAAAAUAGAUUAAAAAGGACCAAAUUUAAGAUAGAAAUUGACAGUGAAAAUGGUGAUGUAAUGAAUGUUAAUAGAAUCAAAUCUGAUAUGGAUGGAGGUAUUGGGAAUGAAAAUGAAGAUAUAGGUGGUGUCAGUGUAAAAAAUGAACCAAACUUAGGAAUUGGGGACCAUAUUGAGAAUAUAAAUGAUAUCAGUAGUAUAAAGAAUGUUAAAAAUUCAGUAAAAAAGCGAAAAGGAAACAGUAAUACACAAAACGCUAACAAUUCAGUAAAAAAGCGUAAAAGAAAUAAAAAAGAGGAGAAAACUGAAUGUAAUCUUAAUGAAAAAAAUACGGGCCCCAAACCGAUUCGCACAAGGAAAAGAAUAAAAAAUGAAAAGGAAGAAAUGCGAAAGAAUAAGAUUUUCGAAAGUGAUCAUUCAGUGCAAAUAGUUAUUUUGAGCAAGGAAGAGCAGCUGGCUGAGUUGGCAGCGCGCCGGGAGGGCAGGAACUACUUGGAGUCUCAGUUCAAGUGCGAGGUGUGUUACAAAGGAUACGGGAUGAAGCCCGCUUAUGAGAACCACGUGGAGCGGCAUAAUUCUAGCAUUGGUCCGUACGCGUGCGAGAUCUGCCAGGUUCGCUUCGCGAGUAGUAAAAGGAGGAAUCAGCACCAGAGUUUGCAUCAAAUGAAGAUGUUCUGCAAGCUAUGCGACUUCGUUUCUAGGAGCAAGUCACAGGCGAUGCUGCACCACGGCCUUCACGAGGGCCGGACCUAUGUGUGCCAGCAUUGUGGCAAGAGUUUCAAAAAGAGUACGUCCUACCUGUCUCACAUGCGUACCCAGCAUCUCGCGAUGAACGUAGCCUGCGACGAGUGCGGCGAGGUGUUUGUCGGCGAACACGGACUCAGGUUGCAUAAGGGAAAAACUCAUGCCAAGAGAAUAAAGUGCGAAACAUGCUCAGCGAUGUUUCUGAGCUUAGCCGCUCUGGACAGACAUACGGACACGGCCGGCGAGCAUAGAGACCUGUGGCCGUGCGAGCAGUGCGGCGAGAACUGUGCGAGCGAGAAAGCGCUACACAAACAUGUUGGGGACACACAUCCGACGGUGUCAAUUCGAUGUGAUAAGUGUUCGAUAUCGUUCCCGACCACCGAAGCAUACACGACCCACGUGUCGCGCUCACACCUCCAACAGAAGAAGAAAAUCGACACACGACAGCGAAGGUGCCUUAAGCCGAAACCCUCCGAGAAAAGUGAGGCUAUCUGCGAGCAAUGCGGAUUUAAAGUGCCGUUCGCAUCGAUGCUGAUACAACAUAAUCAACUCAAACAUCAGGCGCCAAAACCAUAUGUCUGCAAUGUCUGCUCGAAGGGCUUCACCUCAAAAGAAAAUUUAAUUAUUCAUAUCCGCUCGCACACGGGCGAGAAACCUUACAAGUGUAAGCACUGCUCGAGGGCCUUCACCAUGAAGAGUAACCUUGAACGACACUAUAAAACAGUGCACCUGGGUGUCCGCGGCUGCUUCUCAUGUCACAUCUGUGGAAGCACCGCCACGACCAAGUAUUCGCUGCGCGUCCACAUCGAUUCCAAACAUGGCGGCCGAGGCUGGCCUAGGAGUCGCAAGCGCCAACAGGCACAGAAAAUAAAAGAGAAAUGA